AUGAAAAGAUACGUUGGAUUACUACUCCUUACCGUUACACUAUGUUGCGUGUCCGCUCUAGAAAUGCAACCGGAUCGCAGUCCGCGUAUUGUUAACGGUCUAAAUGCUCCCAAUACACCAUUCAACGUCUAUGUGCUAUAUCUAAACUCGGGCAACUCUGGGUUCUAUGGUGGAGGAUCGCUGAUCUCUGACCGACAUGUCCUGACGGCGGCACAGAACAUCGCAGGCUUCGUACGAUGGGAAGUUGGACUCGGGAGCACCGUGUUCGGCCAGCUAAACAUGCAAGUGUCAACUCAAGCCAUUGCCCAUCCGAGCUUCAACAUGGCAAAUCGAGCAAAUGAUAUUGGAUUUAUCAUUCUGCCCCAACCAGUCACCUUUUCGGCAUUGAUCAGCCCAAUCCAGCUGCCCAUUCCUGGACGCAAUCUGCCGUACGAAAAUGAGGAAGGCAUGGUUGUUGGCUUCGGUUUCAACACGAUCGGAGGACAAACCCGGUCAGAUUUCCUGAAGGUGGGUUACCAGCGCGCGAUCAGCGAUUCUCGUUGUGUCGGUAUUUAUCAAAUUACCGUCCCGAACCACUUCUGCGCCGAAGAUGGCCUUCAACGUUCGAAUGUGUGCAAUGGAGAUCUUGGAGCUGGCUUCGUCGUUUCAGAGCGACGCAUUGACACACUGGUUGGCGUUGCUUCACUUAUCACUGCUUCGUGUGACUCGAAUACACCAACCGGAUACACACGAAUUUCGCAAUACCGCCAAUGGAUCCGUGACAACACUGGAGUAUAA